CACCACCUUAGCUUCUCUUUAGUUCAAUUAUUCAAUUGCUAGCAGUAAGCUAACAAGGCGACCUCUAAUCCUUAUCAAUGGCCUCAUCCCCUUGCUGGUCUCAAAUGGCGAAAAAUCCUCAUCCUUUCGUGAUGCUAGUUCUAUCAACCUUGGGCAUGCUCGGGAUAAUCUUCGUUGGCGAGGCCGAGUCUCGGGCGUUCUUCAUUUUCGGAGACUCCCUCGUCGACAAUGGCAACAACAACUACCUGAUCACGAGUGCGCGGGCAGACUCACCGCCUUAUGGCGUUGAUUACCCCACGCAUCGACCCACCGGCCGCUUUUCCAAUGGGCUCAACAUUCCGGAUAUCAUAAGUGAGAAGCUUGGGAUGGAGGCAACAUUGCCAUAUAUGAGUCCAGAUUUGAAGGGAGAUAAGCUUCUUGUUGGAGCCAAUUUUGCAUCUGCUGGAGUUGGGAUCCUCAACGACACCGGCUUUCAGUUUUUGAACAUAAUCAGAAUCGGACAACAAUUGGAGUAUUUUGAGCAGUAUAAGCAGCGAGUGGGAGAGGCAAUCGGAGAGGCGGAGGCGGCGCAAUUGGUGAAUGACGCCCUGGUGCUCAUCACUCUUGGGGGCAACGACUUCGUGAACAACUACUACUUGGUCCCUUUCUCCGCCAGAUCUCGCCAGUUCCCUCUUCCCAUUUACGUCCCGUUUCUCAUUUCCGAGUAUCGCAAAAUUCUCCAGAGGUUAUAUGACAUUGGAGCUAGAAGAGUUCUCGUUACAGGAACGGGGCCAAUUGGGUGUGUGCCGGCUGAGCUAGCUCAGAGGAGCCGAGCCGGUGAGUGUGCAGUUGAUCUGCAACAAGCUGCUUCUCUAUUCAAUCCCCAACUUGGCCAAAUGUUAAGCGAGCUCAACACUCAGCUUAACGCCGAUGUUUUCAUAGCGGCUAACACAUACGAUAUGCACAUGGACUUCGUCGACAACCCUCAGGCGUAUGGAUUUGUGACUUCAAAGGUGGCAUGUUGUGGACAAGGACCAUACAAUGGAAUAGGACUAUGCACACCAGCAUCAAACUUAUGCCCAAAUAGAGACUUAUAUGCGUUUUGGGAUGCAUUCCAUCCAUCAGAAAAGGCAAACAGAAUCAUUGUGGAGGGGAUGUUAAGUGGACCUUCCAGCUACAUGAACCCAAUGAACCUUAGCACCAUCAUGGAAUUAGAUUCUAAGCUAUAAUUAAUGACUAAUCUGAUCAUUCUCUUCUUAUUUGUCCUCCUAUUUUUAUUAUAAUGUCUCUCAGCUCAAAAGAUGGAGCCCAUUUAUUCUAGCUAGUAUUCCACUAUCUAGGUAAUUAAGUGAGUAUUUAAUAAAUGCAUCGUCAUGUAGCUAUAACUUUUACAUUUUCAAUUUCUUGUGAUGCUGUGACAUCAUUGCUAGAGAGCAUAGCAUGCAUUAAUGCAUGAUGUUUUUUUUUAUCUCAGGCCCUUGAUUCCUAAAGAUUUUAUAAACUUUGAAAUUCUUUGUGAUUGAUUAACCUGUGUGUUUAUAUAUUAAUAAGGGAAAAAUAAUUUAAA